AGAAAGACUCAUCUAGCCGCCAUUUUCCACCAUCACUGAACUCAUGAACCGCGAGGGGGAGAUAUGAGAAACUUUUGUCAUGUGGGACAGCAGCGUCACCGGACGAGCGGUCAGUCCCUCACCAAAAAUACCAUGGUCAAAGGGCUGUUUUGAACUUUGCAGAUGACCCUGAAGCAGCAGAACUGAUGGUUUGUUUACAGAAACCCUGGGAAAUAUCUACAGAACGCUCUGUGCAUAUAGUCCAUUGUAAAAUAAUAUUUCACAUGCGUCUUCACCCUGAAGAUGUGUUUUUGUGGACUUGGGAGAUCAUGUGGGUGUCCCGACACAAACAUGAACAGCCUCAUUAUCUGAUUCAGCUCUGAAGUGCUAAUCACCUGAAGGCAAUCACAUGUCCUGCUCCAAACCACGGGACAGCAGCAGCUCCGAGUGUGUAACACGAUACACUUCUAACUGAUCUCAGUUUGAUUUUCACAGUUUCUGAAGAUUUUCUAUUAGCAUGUGAAAAACUCACUGACAUAAAGCUAGAGAAACCUGGUUAGUUGCCAAGGUGUUGCUAUGUGGUUUUUAUGGUGUCCAGGGGGUUUUAAUGUAUUGCUAUUUGGUUGCUUUGGUGUCCUGAUAGGGUUUUUAGUGUGUUGCUAUGUAGUUUCUAUGUUGUCCUGAUGGGGGUUUUAGUAAGUUGCUAUGCAGUUACUAUGGUGCAUUGAUGGGUUGUUUAGUGUGUUGCUAUGAGUUGCUAUGGUGUCCCAUUUUUAGUGUGUUGCUAUGCAGUUGCUGUGGUGUCCUUUUACUUUUAGUAUGUGACUAAGCAGUUGCUAAAGUGUUCUGAGGGGUUUUAGUGUGUUGCUAUGCAGUUGCUAUGGUGUCCUGUUUUUAGUAUGUUGCUAUGCAAAGUUUGUGCUAAAGACAUUAAUGAUUGUUUAUAUUUUGCAGCUUGUUAAACAAAGUUUUGCUGUUACUUUUCUGAGUGAUUUUCAAAGUUUCUCACAUGGUGGAUAAUUGGAAACAAUCCAAUCAAUCAUUUUGAAGGAGAUAACCAAGCCACAUCUAGAGACCAAAAUAUUACACCACAGAUACUUAAAAGUUGGAGGUUUUGACUUGGCUAAGUGAGCAACCACCCACUCAUUAGCUCAUUAAAACCACCCACAAAAUCCAUUGCGGCAGUGAGUUUUGCACUAGUUUUGCAAUCUGAGAAAAUAGUUAGUUAGUUUCCUUUUCCUUUAAAAAAAAAAAAAACACUGAAAGAGAAGAAAAUGCAACUAGUACAAAGUGUAGAGUUUAUCCGGAUAAUGCUUUUUCACUUUAGGUUAUCUGUGUUAAACUAAACUCUCCUUUGUGACUACAAGAUUAAUGUUAAAAACAUCUCUGAGAGUAAACAAAACAACUCCAAGCCGACAUGUCCAGGUUGAAAAAUGGGGUUUUUGCUGGCUGCAAGGAACGCACACACACACACACACACACACACACGCACACACACACACACACACACACACACACACACACACACACACACACACACACAUACACACACAUCUCUCUUCCAGUGAAAAAUAGAAGUUGUUCUGUAAGUCUUUUGUUCGUUCAGACCAGCACACACAUUUAUAGUCAUGGCUGAGAGGAGACGGCACCAGUGACCCCUCUUCACACCACAAGAGAAAGAGACAUGGAAGGAAAGCUGGGAUUGUCUCAGUGCUAUUGCCUCUUGAAGUCAGAUUGUGUUAUCCUCUUCAGAGCCGUGUGACGCAGAGAGUUUAUUAUGGAGGUUGUGAAGCCUGAGGGCUGGCGGCAGCUACUUCAGCCCCAUGGUGCAGCUGGCAAAAACAGCACGAGUCUCCUUCGCAGGUCCUCAUCAUGGAGGAGGCCUGGAGAGCGAGGUUAUUAUGAGGGCCCUGCGGUGCAGGUGAAUGAGCCCCCUCGCGGAGCUCGUCCGCUGAGCUGCAUAGAGGGUGUCAGGAUGGACAAAUGGCUUCAGAUGCUGGAGAGACUCCAAUCACGUCGGCUUCAGUAUCAAAUACCUCCGUUUGUGGACAGGACGGUAUCGAUGCCGGUUUUCACAAAUGAGAUGGCGGGAAGUAACCCGCUGUGUCCUGAUGUUUCCUCUCUCCACAGGAGGAAUCAGACCCCUAGCGUCUUUCCCAGUGUGUGUGAAAGCUCCUCGAGCAGCCUGGAGUCUGUUCACAUUAAAGCUGCUCCUGCUGGAGAAAAUGCUCAAUUCUGCGCUCUCGCUCCGGUUCGCUUCGGCUGGCUACCCAUACAAAGACAUGUGAUACUGACAGACAUCUCUGACAACCGCCAUGACAAUAGCAGGUGUCAGCAGAAACCGAAGUCUCCCAUCACUCCAGUGUUGCUCAGCACUCCUGCCAAACUUAAUGGACCAAGACCAAAUGACAGGGAGGUUGUGAGGCCUGAACCUGUAGGCUUUAGAUACUGGAGGACACCUGAAAAAACACAGUCCGUCCUCCAUCAGGCAUCAGGAUCUGUGAGCUCCGAGGGAGGACAAAAUGGACCGCAAGCCUGGAAUCCAAAAGCCAAGAUGGACACGGGCCAUGCUGGACCUCAUCCCGUGUUGAGAGAUCCCACACGCAGGCGUGGAAGUGCACCGGAGUCCUUCAGCUCCUCAAUUUCAUCCAUCACUAUCACUUCCAGGAAGGUCACACAGAUUUCCAAGCCUUUGUGUACAACGAUGAAUGACCUCGCCGAUGGACGAAGAAAAGCCUUAGUGGUCAAAGUCACCGAACAGAGAACGACAAGCACCACCAGCCGGCCCAUCAUCUCUGCCUCUGGCUAUAAUCAUGAAGAGAUUGACCACGGCGUGGUACUCAGGAGAAAGGCAACCAUUGUGAAAAUGACCGAACAGAGAGAGUGUUUCAGUCCAUCACAAUACAGACACAGCUACACUGAAGGACUCAAUGAAGCCCAGUUAAGGAAUGAAUCUGAAGUCAAUCCCUCACCAUUAAACCAAACACUCACUAUAUCUUUAGAGCCAGGAGGAAACCAGUGGAGGUCCCAGCACAGAUCUAGCCUGUCUCUUUACCUUAACAACCUAAAUACUAGCAGCACAGCAAGGGAGAGCAACACCAAAAAAUACAAGCCACCUCGAAGGCCUCUCAGCUGCGACCCAAGCUUGUUUAACUGCACAGAACUUGGCACUAAUGCAGUUAAACAUCCAGCAUUUUACAACAAAAGCUCUCCUGUUCCCCAGAAGACAAAUAUUGACCUUGUUAGUUCCAGCAGCAGUGAAGCAAGAAGGUGCUCAGCCUCCAGUGGCGAGGACGGGAGCGCAGGGAAAGAGGGAUUGGAGUUGGAUCGAAGGCUUGAGGAGCGAGAGGGACCUAUUUCAGGAAUCAAACCUCUCACGCUACUCAAAGCAGCAGAUAACUCAGCUGAUCUGAGCGUAGACGCCGUCCUGGCCCUGAACGCCGCUGCGGUUAUUGCCAACAUAAAGCUGCAGGCCCAGCAGAGACGAACUACAUCCCACACAGGAACAGCAGAGGUUAGAGGGCAAAAUGAACACGGGGAGCUCAAAGAAGAGGCUGCUGGUGCUAAUGGAAAGGACAAAACAUGUCCAGUAGAACAAUGUGUGGAUUUUGUCCCAUUUGAGUCCGAAAAUGACCUUUGUGAAACUGCUUUGGCUCCACUGUCCCUUAGCGAGGCUUUAGCGAUCAGACGGCCUGAUUUCAUCCGGCACUCGCAGGCCAGAGUUCAAGCCCUGGAGAGGAGGUUGCAGGAGAGUCUGAGCUCCCACAGCUCACCGCAGACACCUGAGAGCGGAGAAUGCCUUGUGAAAUCCAAAGACAGACGCAUCAUGGGAAAGAGUCUACAGCUGUGGUCCAGGAGGAGUUAUAACCAGCUCCCUGAAGUGAAGAAGAGGAGAGAGGAAGAAAAGAGGAAAAAAGAAGAAGAGAAAAGAAAACUGGCAUCUCGGACCAACAGGCUGCGGGCAGAGCUCUUUAAAAAGAAACUUCUGGAGCAGAUUUUGCAGAGAGGAGGAAAUCACUGACACUGCCUUGGAACUGUGUUUCUUCUCACUCUGCAGUUCUCAUGCCGUCCCUUGAAAAAUAUGACGUGACAUUAGUUAGAAACUGAUAUUACUUUCAGAUUGAAUGUGCCUUAAACAUGGACUGCAGCCAUAUUUAUAUGGCUCUGGAUUACAUCUUCUCUCUAUAUACAUACACUACUGGUCAAAAGUUUGAAAUAAUUAAGGUUUUUUAAUCUUAAGUCUCUUAUGUUCAGCUAGGCUGC